AUGAUGAUCAAAUCUGAGGAUGUAUUACGUGAUGUAUGCAAUUUACAGUUACUUGAAAAAUUACGAUUAUUGAACGAGAGAACCAACUAUCGAUAUUUAGGAUUCUAUCAGUACUUAAAAGCGAUACAUGAUUUAUUUCAUGUUUACGAUGACAAAAAUCAUGAUGGAACAUCUUCACACAAUUUGCACGAAGUGUUGCAAGUUCUUAAGGAAAAUUUGGACUAUUUGAAUGAGUGGGAUACCGUUUUCCAAGACGUCAUUAUUUCCAAUAAGAAUAAUAAUUUUACAUUAUCCGGAACCCUCACAAAAAACAUCAUUAUCCAUAACAUCAAAACAAUUCAGAAAUUGAUCAGAAUUAUUUCACAAGAUGCAGUUUUUGAUUUGUCUUUAUUGGGAACACGUUCUCUUGAAGGAUUUUUCGGAGAGUCACGUGAUUAUUCAAAAACCACAGUAUUGGACUAUCAUAGAAGUUACUCAAACAUGAAAAUCAAAUUAGUGAAAAAAGAAUGUGUGUAUCUUUCAUACAAUAACGAUAGAAAGAGGAAAUAUUGUGAUGCCCCUAGUCAAAUUAACGAACAAAUUUUGAUGAGAAUGACUGAAAAACAAUUUGUUGACUUUAAUAAUGAAAGAAAGCAAGCUAGAGAAAGCGUGACAUCCAUUGGGUAA